AUGCUACAGAAUGAAGUCGGUUCAGGCCUGCUAGUGCAUGCGCUGCAACAUGCGUGGAGUUGGAUUGCAAGUGUUCUCGUGGGUGGACUUAUCAUUCUAAUUCUACGCCGCCGCUAUUUCCAUCCAUUGCGCAAUAUCCCUGGUCCGUUCUUGGCCUCUCUAUCUUCCUUGUGGAUGGCAAAACAAGCCUACGGGGACUCAUUCCACCGGACCAACAUUGCCCUCCAUGAAAAGCAUGGGAAACUGGUUCGAACUGGACCGAAUGAGGUGAGUGUCGCCGAUCUUGGGUUGGUGAAAAAGAUCUUUGCUGCUGGGAACAAAUACCAGAAGGGGCCAUUCUAUAUUUCAUGGAAAGGAAAUCGCAAGUUCGAUCUCUUCGGUGAACGAGAUGAAAAGGUCCAUAGCUCCAUGAGACGUCUUGUUAGCCGUGUGUACUCGAUGGAUUCCAUGCGAGACCUGGAAUUGUACGCGGAAAAGACAGUGGCUCGAUUUGUGAUGCGUCUGGAGGAGCUUCAAGGCCAAAAAGUUGACAUGGGAUCAUGGUUUCAGUUAUUUGCAUUCGAUACUAUCGGUGAACUCAGUUACUCUCAUCCAUACGGGUUCUUGGAUAUGGGCCAAGACGAUGGCACACUAGAGUCGAUCACACAGGCGCUGUGGUCGUUAGCAUGGACCUCCUACGCACAAUGGGUCAUAAAAGUCAAUCAAUGGAUACCACCUGUCUUUGGUGUCCAGCUUUCGAUGCAUAUCAGGAACGGCAAGUUUGCCGAAUUUGCGGCACGAGAGAUUAAAGAACGGGGAAAGAGAGAAAACAAUCACAGAGAUAUGUUGGCAAAGCUCUUUGAAACCCAAGAGGCCAAACCAGAGUUGGAUAAUACGGCAAUAAACGGCAUCCUCAAUUCAAACGUCUUUGCAGGCUCAGACACAACAGCCAUUGCACUCCGAGCGAUCUUUUACAAUAUUCUGACCCAUCCACGCGUGAAGAAUAGAUUUUUGGACGAACUGCUGCGCCGACGAAACAGUGGACAGCUCAGCGAUCCCAUCAAGCUCCAAGAGACGGAGAAAUGGCCCUACCUGCAAGCGUUGAUCUAUGAGGCCCUUCGAUUGCAUCCCGCUUCCGGCAUGGGCUUUACGCGAAUCGUGCCGGAACCUGGGGUGGAAGCCGAUGGCCAUUUCUUACCACCAGGGACAAUUGUGGCGCCCAACGGAUGGGUAAUCCAUCGGAAUAAAGAAGUAUUUGGUGACGACGUUGAGGAAUAUCGACCCGAACGGUGGCUUGACGAAUCCAGGAAAGGCGACAUGCAAAGGUAUUUCCUAGCCUUUGGGGGUGGCACUAGAACGUGCAUUGGCAGAAAUAUUAGCUGGAUGGAGAUAUCCAAGGUCAUUCCGACUUUAUUCUUGCAUUUCGAUUUUGACCUUGUCUCUCCGGAACUCCCUCUAAAGGAGAAGUGCGCGUAA